GUGGUCAGCAUGGCGCAGCAAGCUGGCCGUGCUGACGGCCCCCAUCAUGGUGGCGCCUCAGGGGGGUUGGUUUGCCUGAGGAGAACGCUUGCCGCGCUUCUUCCUGCUUACUGUUAAAAGAUGACCUGUCCUGGAUGCGGAUGAAGAUAUCUCUCGUGAGGGCGGUGGGAGAAAGGAGACCUGCUGGUGGCCCUCUAUGAACAAAAGCUGCUCAUGACUUUUGGCGAGCAGGCGGCUCGUGUGUGAAAUCCUCUGUGUGAGCCUGCGGCACCAUGGCCGAUAUGAUGGACCGCCCUCGUCUUUCUGGCACUUCGCCUGGGCCUGGGGAUGCGCCGAUGUCGGCAAAUGAGAACUACUUGCGGUCGAGUGGCGACAUCAUCAAAGAGUAUCUUGGGGAAAGGAACCUUUUCCCUGAUGCACCUGGGGGUUCCGGUGGAGAGCCUCCUUCCGAAGCCCAGAAGGCGGAUGCCAACUCGAAGAGGUCGGAUCCUGACCUCAUCAGGGAGUACCUCGGGGAGCGCAGAAUCCUCUCUAAUUUGUGCCAGGACUCCCCUGAAGACUCCUUGCGUCGAGCUGAAAAGGAGCAGCAAACCACAGAGAGAGCGGAGGCCGCCGCUCCCGUCCGGCAACCCUUUUCAGACAGCAGUUGGCUAGACAAGUUUUUAGAUGAGCGGGAUAAGGAGCUCGAUUUGGUGCUGGAGGCUUCGGAUAACGAGGACGAGUUUGCUGUGAGCUUGGAGGGGUCGUGGGUUGCUCAUGAUAGCAGCAAGCCCGCGCUCGUACCUAAGUCGCAUCUCAUUGCGAGGCCCACGAGCAUAGCGGCCGAGGAGUUAGUUGCCAGGCAUAAGAGGAGCCUGGAGGUGCAUUGCGGGGUUGAUUAUAACGACUGGACGAGUGUUGCUCUUCAGCCCGCAAAAUCGGACAGGAAAGUAGAGGCAGAUGAGAAUGUGGGCCGUGCAGCGCCAGGUGGCGCGCUGUUAGUGGAGGAGAUUCUGACAGACGACUUUGACAGCAGCUCCGCAUGCAGCAGCGACGACAGCGAGGAGACGUGCGCCAAACCUACUUCUUGGGCCCUGUAUGGCUCAUUUGAGGGGAUCACAGGUGCCAGGGGACCUCGACAGGUGUCAGAUUGUGGCGGAAGCCAGAAGGAUCCGGGUAGACUAGAGCGGAUGCCACAUUUCUCGAGCGAGCAAAGCCUAAAUCCAAGUGCAGGUUUGAAGGUUCAGAGGACCCUUGAGCGAGCCGUUGUUCCAGAAGAAAGAGCAGAAGUCUCACAUUUGUUGAGCAGGCCAGAUGUUUUUGGGUUGAUGAGGUCCCCGUCCGCGGAUAGGGAACUGUACAGUGAAGUCGUUAGGGCCACGGAACGGGGGGCGAGUCAAGAGCGGGAGAGGAUGGAUGCGGUGCUGUCUGCCACUGUCGCAGCAAACCGGACCGGGGCAACCCGCAUGUCGUGGAGCCUCGCGUUUGCAAACCCGCAGCUGGAGGAGACCUACCGGCGGUCGCACAUUGCGAGCGGGGGGGAUGCGGACUACCUGUGUGCAGUCUUGAGAAUCUGGUUCUCGGUGCUGCACCUCUACAUGCUGGCCCGCCAGUUCUCGAUCUUGAAGGAGAUUCGCUGGGGGUGGAUUGCGAUCACAGCACCUGGGAGGCCCCUCCUGUCAACCAGCUUGGAGUGGAACAUCGCAGGACUUGUCCUCAUGUCGGCGUUCCUCUACAUGCACCUGUGCCAGCGCUCAUGGUGGAACAAAAACCGGCUGGCUCUACUCUCUGUGUAUCUGACUACGGUUUGGGCCCUGGAGGUUUGGUAUACGCUCGCCAGUCAGGAUGCCCCGGGCUACCGCCUCGUCCGACUGGGGUCCCCCGCCUUCUUCAUGACCUUUAUGUACAACGUCCCUUUCGUCCUCCACAUGCGCUUCCGCGUCCUGCUUCUGUUGGCGCAGCUCGCGGCGUUGGCCGCACGCCAAGACGCUGCGCUGUGCCCCUGGAUCGUCCUGUUCCAUGUGCUGUCGUCAGCAGUCGCGUAUCUCCUCGACCGCCGCUCCCGCCUCGCGUUCGUCAAAAACCUCCCCCCCUGCUUGCUAAACUGGUGGGGCGAUGACCGGGGUUCUUUUGUUGGGGGGUCAAGUUCGACGUCGUGGAUGGGCCGUGAGAGUAGGGGUUCUGACGCGCAGUCCAAAGGCGAAAGUUACGGGUUGGGGGGGCGGGCGAGGAGAGUCCCGGGCGGGAUUUUUGCAGAGGAGGGGCAACGGGGGGUCCGUUUGGCUGGUUCCCUGGGGGGGGAAGGCGGGGAGAGCUCGGGUUUUGAGGAUCAGUUGCGGGAACGGUUGCGGCAGAGGAGGCCGUCGCUUGGCGGUUUUGCCGGGGGCUUUGCGGGAGUUGGGUGCGUAAAGUCGGGGCACGUUGCUUACGGGACGAGGCUCGCACAUGCGGGGCUGUCGAAAGAUAGUCAAGGUGAACAGGUGGCGUAAGCAGAGCGGUUUAGACAUUGGUUCCGUGGGUUGUAGAAUAGCCAUCUCGGUAGCUUGCUUUUCUUUAGCAUAGCUGGUAUUGACGGUCCACACCUCCACAGACAAGACCACGCGAGAUCACUGAGUGCUUUCUUUACACUUCCAAGAUUCGGGAAGGCUUGCAAAAGCUAAAACAUUGCCCACGUUUCCCUAGAUAAGACACCGAGUAAUGUAGGCCCAAACUAUUGGAGGCAGUUCUCGUCCAGAUUAAUGGGGCAAUUCCCGCACAGGCUAGGCUCGAAUAGCGCUAGGUGAUGAAGUAACAACAGAAUUUGCAGCUAGAUCGUUCUCCUAUCAGAGUCUUUGUCAACGGGCAUUAUUCAGUGCCCAGUGCUUGGCCGCG